AUGAAAUAUCUCUGUGCGUGCCUUUCCGUGGCUGCUUCAUGCCUCGGACCUCUUAUGUUCGGUCUCACUCUGGGGUUCACUGGUCAGACCAUUGAUACCAUGCAAAAUAGUGUUACUACGUCUGAUGGUACUCCUAUUCAAGUGGGCCCCGAUGAUCACCUAUAUGUCUUCGACAACUCUCAACUGGGUUCUUUGUUCGGUUCACUAGUUAAUCUUGGUGCUAUGGGAGGUGCUAUUCUUCUGGGUGGACCGUUCAUCGAGAAGUUCGGCAGGAAGUGGGUUCUUUUGGGAUGCUCUCCCUGUUUCUUGCUGUGUUACGUAUGGCAGGCAUUGGCACAUACUGCGUGGCAACUGUUAUUUGAGCGUGUGCUCAUUGGUUUCGUUGUUGGUGUGGAGUCUGUUGUAACUCCCACGUAUAUUGGCGAGGUAUCCCCGACUAAGAUUCGUGGUGCCUUGGGUGCCUGUAACCAGUUGUCUAUUACUAUCGGUAUUCUUAUUGCCUACGCCCUUGGUCUGGGAUUCAGGACGGACUCUGGUUCGACUGAUCCUAAUGCUGAUUCGAGCACUUUCUGUCAAUGGCGUGAUGUGUGUUGGAUCUAUCUGAUUCCCAGUGCUCUCCUUGGUAUAUGUAUGUUUUUCGUCCCGGAAUCCCCUCGUUGGUUGGCUGAGCAUAAUCGUGCUGAUGCUGCCACUAGGGUUCUGCUGAGACUACGUGGUUCUAAAACGGUCGAGGAAGAUCCCGAGAUCAUGGAGGAGGUGAAGGCUUAUGAAGCUGAAGCUGAACAAAAUAGUAAGAACGCGAAGAGUAACUGGAAGGAGACCGCCGAAUGGUCCUGGCAUGCUCUGGGAAAGUGUAAAAUGCAACUUUUCAUUGGUGUGGUUCUGCAAAUUCUACAGCAGUUGUCGGGUAUCAACGCUGUCAUCUUUUAUCAGACAACUAUUUUCCAGGCAGCUGGUUUGAAUGGUAAGGAGUCCAUGGCUCUUGCCGUCAUGGCAGUGCAAGUCAUUGUCACGUUCAUUGCUUGUAUUGUAAUGGAUAUGGCCGGUAGAAGAUUCCUGCUCGUAUUGGGCGCAGUUGGUAUGUGUAUAGCUGCUAUUUUAUUGGGUGUUUUCUUCUUCGAGCAAGAUAUCGAUGAUAAUGAUAUUGCGUGGUUGGCCAUCUUCUCCGCCUUCUUGUAUAUUGCUUCCUUCUCCAUUGGUGUUGGUGCCAUCCCAUGGUUGAUCAUGGCUGAGAUCUUCCCUAAUGAAGUGAGAGGUCUUUCUGCGUCUAUUGCUACCGCUGUCAACUGGUUCUUCUCUUGGAUCGUCACUAUGUUCUUGGAUGACUACAGGCAAGCAAUCACUUAUCAAGGCGUCUUCUGGAGUUUUGCCUUCAUGUGCAUGGUCUUGGCUGUCUUCGUAUUGGUAUUCGUGCCCGAGACUAAGGGAAGGUCCUUUGAAGUGAUCCAGGAGCACUUCAACAGCGGCAAGGUUGUGAAUUGCGAUUGCUUCGGUAAGAAGAAGACCGCAUCCCACACGAACCCAGUAGUUGCUGCGGAUGACAAAGUGAUUCCGACAAACAACUAG